CUCGUUGACAUCGCGAUGCGUCGUCGUCGUAUAAUACCACAGAUACGAAUCCGCUCGCCGGAGUCCACGGGGAGAUCGGAGCCUGCAAGGCAAGCAACCACCGCCGCCGACGACGACGACGUUGACGGCGACGAGGAGACGAUGAGCUACCAGAAAGUGCCGCCUCCUCAGGACGGCUACCCUCCUCCAGGGUACUCGCAGCCAUACCCGCCGCCACCGUCCGGCGGGCAGUACCCACCUACGCAGUACUACCCGCCGCCGAACCAGCCUCCUCCGGGGUACCAGGGCUACUUCAGCGAGGGGCAGCAGCCGCCAUACUACUACCCGCCCCCGCAUGAUCCCCACCACCACCAUGGUCACCACCACCACCACGAGGACCAUCACCACCACGGCCACCACCACCAUGGCCACCACGACGAUGACUGCUGCCUUGGCUUCCUCAGAGGAUGGUUGGCCAUUCUUUGCUGCUGCUGCGUGCUGGAGGAAUGUUGCUGCUGCUGCUGCUGAUGGCCUGAAUGCUUUGAAGCUCCUUGUUAUCAACUAUUCUUGAAUGGAAAAUUUUAAGUGUGAAUUUGAUUUUCUGUGAUUGAUGGACAGUACGUAGUGUGCAUCUUGUUAUUAUUUGUCAAUAAGUGGACUCUGUUAUCUGUAUAUGCCCCGCUCAAAUAUGAAAGGUGUUCAGUUUGUUUCAGAGUCAAUAAGCUGAUUGUGCUA